GAGGCGCGGCCGGCACGGGCAGGGCAGGGGCCGGGGCCGGCAGCCCGUGAGACAGCGGCGGCGGCGCGCCCCAGACUCCGCCUCACCGGCCCCGACCCCCCUCCCUCCUCCCAGCGCCAGGCUCGCGGCGGCGGAGCGUUUCGGCGGUGGCGGCAGCACCCGCCCUUCCCGGCCGGCCCGCGGCGCGCACCGCCCCCCUCCCGCCUCCCGCACGCAGCCCGCCAGCGGCGGUCGGGAGCCCUCCGCGCCAAGGCACCCCCGCCCCGCACGCCCACCGCCGGGAGGAUGGGCUGCGGGCGGCGGCACGGCAGCCCCCGAGCUCCCUGAAGCCGCGGAAACAAAGGGAGCAAAGCGGCAGCAGCCGCCGGGCCGGGGUGGAUGCAAGCAACCAUGAAAGGCUGGGUCUCCGCCUCCUCCGCUGCUGCCAGAGAGCUGCCGGCUGCUGCUGCUCGGAGGACUACACUGUGAAGGGGCGGAGGAGAGGCUGGCCGGGCUUGCCGUGCAAAGGUAGAAGGUGUAAGGGAGCGGCGGAGAGAAAAUGUCUUCUUCGGUGGGGCCCCGCGGCCCUCGCCCGCCCACGGUGCCCCCCCCGAUGCAUGAGCUGCCCGACCUGAGCCACCUGACAGAGGAGGAGAGGAACAUUAUCAUGGCAGUGAUGGACCGGCAGAAAGAAGAGGAAGAGAAAGAAGAGGCCAUGCUCAAGAGGUUGCAUCAACAAUUUGAAAGCUAUAAAGAGCAAGUAAGAAAGAUAGGGGAAGAAGCCCGCCGUUACCAGGGAGAGCACAAGGAUGAUGCUCCAACAUGUGGAAUCUGUCAUAAAACAAAGUUUGCAGAUGGUUGUGGCCAUUUAUGCUCUUAUUGCCGGACCAAGUUUUGUGCUCGAUGUGGAGGUCGUGUCUCUCUGCGAUCAAACAAUGAGGACAAAGUGGUUAUGUGGGUAUGCAAUUUAUGUCGAAAACAACAAGAAAUCCUAACGAAAUCUGGAGCGUGGUUUUUUGGAAGUGGACCACAGCCCUCACCCAGCCAGGAUGGAGCACUGAGUGAUACGGCAACUGGUGGAAGCUCAGAUGCACCGAGAGAAAAGAAAGCAAGACUUCAAGAACGAUCGAGAUCACAGACUCCUUUAAGUACAGCAGCUGCCUCAUCACAGGAAAUCUCUUCUUCCAGUGUGCAGUCUGACCAUAGGAAAGGAGCAGAAGUAUCGCAGCUGGCUAUGGGCCUGGACCAAAAGCAAGUUUCAUCAAGGUCUAGAAGUGAACCUCCAAGGGAGAGAAAGAAGACAAUAUUGGUUUCAGACCAGAAUGGCAAAGGUAUAAAGAGUGAGCGUAAGCGUGUGCCAAAAUCCUCACUUCAAAAAGAAGGACCAACAGAUGACCGGGAGCGAAAAGAACGGCAUGAAGGUAGAAGGCUGGAGAAAGGCAAGUCACAGGACUACCCAGACUUGCAAGAGAAACUUGAGGAAGGCAAAGUGCCUGAUGAUGAAAAACAAAGGAAAGAAGAUGAAUAUCAUACCCGUUACAGGAGUGACCCCAAUUUGGCAAGAUAUCCUGUAAAACCGCAUCCUGAGGAACAGCAGAUGCGCAUGCAUGCAAAAGUUUCUAAAGCACGGCACGAGAGAAGACACAGUGAUGUAGCUUUGCCACAUACAGAAAUGGAGGAAGCGGAGGUACCUGAGAAUAAAUUAGGAAAACGCUCACAAUUACAGGGAACUCAGGACAGAAAAUCUCUUGUGGAAACUCAGAGGUCGUACUCUAUAGACAGAACAGGUGAUGUAAGAAUUUCUGUUUCUAAACAAUUAACUAAUCAUAGCCCACCAACUCCCAGGCAUAGUCCAGUUCCUAUAGAGCACGUAGAAUACAAGAACCACGAUUCUUUUAAAAAACAGAGCCGCCUUGAUCCUAGCUCUGCUAUUCUCAUGCGAAAAGCAAAGCGGGAGAAAAUGGAGACCAUGCUAAGGAAUGAUUCCCUUAGCUCUGACCAGUCGGAAUCAGUGCGGCCAUCCCCUCCAAAGCCUCAUAGAGCAAAAAGAGGCGGAAAGAAAAGGCAGAUGUCAGUUAGUAGCUCAGAGGAAGAAGGGGCAUCAACACCAGAAUAUACUAGCUGUGAAGAUGUGGAGAUAGAAAGUGAAAGUGUCAGUGAAAAAGGUGACUUGGAUUACUACUGGCUGGAUCCUGCCACGUGGCAUAGCAGGGAGACAUCCCCUAUAAGUUCGCAUCCUGUAACAUGGCAGCCUUCUAAAGAGGGAGAUCGCUUAAUUGGGCGUGUUAUUCUUAACAAGAGAACAACCAUGCCAAAAGAAUCAGGUGCAUUACUUGGGCUAAAAGUUGUUGGAGGAAAAAUGACAGAAUUAGGACGACUUGGUGCCUUCAUUACCAAAGUGAAGAAAGGUAGCUUGGCUGAUGUGGUGGGGCAUCUCAGAGCAGGGGAUGAAGUUCUAGAAUGGAAUGGUAAACCCUUGCCUGGAGCUACAAAUGAAGAAGUUUACAACAUUAUUUUGGAAUCAAAAUCAGAACCUCAAGUUGAAAUUAUUGUUUCAAGGCCUAUUGGACAUUUUCAUCAGUUUCAUUCCUUGAACUCCUUGAGACAUUUACAUAAAAAUUACUAUGAUAUUCCACGGAUUCCUGAGACUUCUCACCCCCCGUUAGAGUCUAGUUCAAGUUCUUUUGAAUCUCAGAAGAUGGAAAGGCCUUCUAUUUCUGUUAUAUCUCCGACCAGCCCUGGAGCCCUACGAGAUGCACCACAAGUCCUACCAGGGCAGCUUUCUGUUAAACUGUGGUACGACAAAGUGGGACAUCAGUUAAUAGUAAAUGUUCUGCAAGCAACAGAUUUGCCAGCAAGAGUAGAUGGACGCCCCAGGAAUCCCUAUGUAAAAAUGUAUUUUCUUCCAGAUAGAAGUGAUAAGAGUAAAAGGAGGACCAAAACAGUAAAGAAAAGUCUAGAGCCAAAAUGGAACCAAACUUUUCUCUACUCACAUGUACAUCGUAGAGAUUUUAGAGAACGAAUGCUUGAAAUAACCGUAUGGGAUCAGCCAAGAGUACAAGAAGAAGAGAGUGAAUUUCUUGGAGAGAUUCUUAUAGAGCUGGAGACAGCACUUUUAGAUGAUGAACCACAUUGGUAUAAGCUACAGACACAUGAUGAAUCUUCACUACCUCUGCCUCAGCCAUCACCUUUCAUGCCAAGAAGACAUGUUCAUGGUGGAGAAAGCACUAGCAAAAAAUUACAAAGAUCUCGACCAAUCAGUGAUAGUGACAUCUCAGAUUAUGAUGUUGAUGAUGGUAUUGGAGUUGUUCCUCCAGGUUAUAGAUCUAGUACUAGAGAAAGUAAAUCUACGACACUUACUGUGCCAGAACAGCAAAGAACAACACAUCAUCGUUCACGAUCUGUAUCUCCUCACCGUGGCGACGAUCAGGGCAGGACCCGUUCACGUUUACCAAAUGUGCCAUUACAGAGGAGUUUAGAUGAAAUUCAUCAAAUGAGAAGAUCACGUUCUCCAACUAGACACCAUGAUGCCUCCAGAAUUCCAGUUGAUUACAGAUCCAGAGACAUGGAUAGUCAGUAUUUGUCUGAUCAAGAAAGUGAGCUUCUUAUGCUGCCCAGAGCAAAACGAGGAAGAAGUGCAGAGUGCCUACAUACCAUCAGAAGUUCUGUUAGGCACUAUAAAACAUUACCACCCAAGAUGCCUUUACUAGAAAAUGCUACUCAUUGGAAUCUAUACAGCUCAACUCUUCCUGCAUGUGCUAAGACCAAAUCUGUGAUUAGACAGGAUAUUUCACUCCUUCGUGAUUGCCUUAAUUCACAAAUACUGAAAUUUGGAGAUGAUCAGCUGGUUAGUGAACUACAGCCCUCCCUUGACAGGGCUAGGAGUGCUAGUACCAACUGCUUGAGACCAGAUACUAGUUUGCAUUCACCAGAACGAGAAAGGGGUAGAUGGUCCCCCUCCCUAGAGAGGAGACGACCUACUAGUCCCAGGAUUCAUAUCCAGCAUGCAUCUCCGGAGGAUGACAGAACAAGGACGCUGGAUUCUUGCAUUCCAAAACAGGACAGUGUAGACCACCUAAGUGCUAAACCUGGAGCAGCACAGAGGCAGUCCAGAAAAGUGGAAAGAUAUAGCAGCCAAAAACAAACUAGGAAAACCUCGGCAACUGAAACAGAAAGGGGUCUGCUACCAUGUCUUUCUAGAAGGGGACUUCCAACCCCACGAACAACUGAACAGCCAGUCAUUAGGGGAAAACACCACGCUCGCUCCAGGUCGAGUGAGCACUCUAGUAUCAGACCCUUAUGCUCUGUACAUCACCUAGCGCCGGGAGGGUCGGCGCCACCUUCUCCACUUCUGACAAGAAUACACCAACAAGGAAGUCCAACACAGUCUCCUCCUGCAGACACAUCCUUCAGCAGUCGCAGGGGAAGACAGCUACCACAAGUUCCAGUAAGAAGUGGCAGUAUAGAGCAAGAGCAAGAGACUUUUAACUCUUCCACAAAAGCAAGCUUAGUAGUGGAGGAGCGAACGAGACAGAUGAAAAUGAAAGUGCACCGUUAUAAUCAGACAUCAGGGUCUGGUUCUAGUCAAGAACAUGAGCGUGAUCAAUAUACCAAGUAUAACAUACAAACAGAUCAGUACAGAAGUUGUGAUAACGUCUCUGCCAAAUCAUCAGAUAGUGAUGUCAGUGAUGUGUCAGCCAUUUCCCGAACCAGCAGUGCCUCACGCCUCAGCAGCACAAGUUUUAUGUCAGAGCAAUCUGAACGCCCUCGGGGCAGAAUCAGUACAUUUACUCCUAAAAUGCAAGGCAGACGGAUGGGGACUUCAGGGAGAAUCACUAAGAGCACAAGUGUGAGUGGAGAGAUGUAUAAGCUGGAGCACAAUGAUGGAAGUCAGUCGGACACGGCUGUCGGCACAGUUGGAACAGGUGGGAAGAAAAGGCGUUCCAGCCUUAGUGCCAAAGUGGUUGCCAUAGUGUCUCGAAGGAGCAGAAGCACAUCUCAACUUAGCCAAACAGAGGCUGGCAACAAGAAGCUAAAGAGCACGAUACAAAGAAGCACAGAGACGGGAAUGGCAGCAGAGAUGAGAAGUCGUAUGGUUCGACAGCCAAGUCGGGAAUCCACUGACGGCAGCAUAAAUAGUUAUAGCUCCGAGGGCAACUUAAUAUUUCCUGGAGUACGGCUGGGCGCUGACAGUCAGUUUAGUGAUUUCCUCGAUGGACUUGGACCUGCACAGUUAGUAGGCCGGCAAACGCUAGCAACCCCUGCCAUGGGUGACAUUCAGAUUGGAAUGGUGGAUAAAAAGGGCCAGUUAGAAGUAGAAGUCAUUAGAGCCCGCGGCCUCACACAAAAACCUGGCUCCAAAUCUACCCCAGCUCCUUAUGUCAAAGUGUAUUUAUUGGAAAAUGGAGCGUGUAUAGCUAAGAAGAAGACAAGAAUUGCACGGAAGACCCUUGAUCCUUUGUACCAACAGACACUGGUUUUUGAUGAAAGUCCACAGGGUAAAGUCCUUCAGGUAAUAGUUUGGGGAGACUAUGGCCGAAUGGACCACAAAUGCUUCAUGGGAGUUGCCCAGAUCCUUCUGGAGGAACUGGAUCUGUCCAGUGUGGUAAUAGGCUGGUAUAAAUUAUUUCCACCUUCAUCACUAGUGGAUCCAACUUUGACUCCCCUGACACGCAGGGCUUCCCAGUCAUCUCUGGAAAGUUCAACUGGGCCUCCCUGCAUUAGAUCAUAGUAGCAGGUGCUGUCUAAUAAGAACAUCGCCCAGGAUAACAAUUGGAACCAGAUAUUCACACGAUCAAAAAACGCUGUUGGAGAGAGACAAUCACUUCUGUUUUUGCUUGUAGUAGUUAUCCAAACAUAUGUCUGUUUGUCGAGAGAUGGCUUAAGUUGACAGAACAAAGGUAUAUCACAUAUGGCCAAUCUAUUAGCGGCUAUCACCGAUGCUUAUAACGAUUUUAAAAAUAAAAUAAAAUAAAAG